UUUAAAUUUCAUUUUUCGAUCAAUGCGACUUGUUUCCAUGAAGGGUGUGUGUUAUACACUAAAUACCAUCCCAUCUGGCUAUUUUUGUUUUCCAGGAAGUGGAUCGGCAAGAAGGAAUCCCGAACCUGUGGAAAUGGACAACAGAGGAUAUUCAUCAUUAGAUCAGAUUAACGGUCCAGCUCAGUAUUCCAAUUUGGAGGAGGAAUCAGAAAAGCGACACUACUCUCAGUUGAAGAUUUAUCAGAAUACAAAAGAGAAUGCUGCAGGAGAUACAAGUACCUAUGAAGGCAUGACCGAGAAUCCUCCUGUGACAUAUGAGUCCAUCAGGGCAUCGCCAUACCAGAACACUGGGGCACAUUCUCAAGGUCCCGAGCAGUGACACAGUUAACGAAGCACCAGCAUAUACAUCAUGAUAUUAGAGCCAGGUGCUGAUCACGAAAUACGUUUAACGUACUGCAUUCCUUUCCUUUGCGGCAACACAUCUUCUUUAAUUUUCUCAACUUUUCAUUAUUUUGUGUUUGCAAGAUCAGUAUCAUUGAUACAUGCACUUUUAGAGAAGAAAACACCUGCUUAACAAUCAAGUGAACGUCAAAUCAUUAGUAUAAGCCUCUAUUUGUAUUUGUUUAUUUUUGUAUUGUGUCUAUUUAGAUCUCAUCUUUGUUGAAUAUUUAACGUUAAAUGUAUCACAUUGUAAAUAAAAAUAUUUUCACACA